AGCGUGCUUUGCCUGUCAACCCGCCCAGGCGCUUGCGCAGUGCGCGGGUUUCGGUGGCGGUGUGGACGACACACAGUCUUGUGCCUUUUGUUUCGCGGAGAGAGAUAAAAUAUAUCUAUAUAUAUCAAAUUUAAAUCGGCAAGACACCAAAGAGCUAUAUUAAAAAGAGUGAGUAAAACGUAAACAAAUUAAGCGGUGAAGCCCGUUUCUGUGUACGUUGCUGGGAGCGCGACGCGCGUUUGGAGGUAUGUGUGCUUUUUCACCGUGGAGAAAAUCGUGUUCCAAAAAUCAGCGCAAGAAACCAGGCAGGCUGUUCUAGAGACUUUCCACAAGCGAGUAUGAGUGAGCCUUCAGCUACCACUGCCACUAGCGAGGCAGCCACUGCUAAAGCGCCAUCACCGCAGACCGACUCCAAGCUGGCGGGGUCUCUAGGAAAGAAGCAGAGCAAGAAGAAGAUGGAGCAGGUGCUGGAGGAGGAAGAGGAGGAGUACGUGGUGGAGAAGGUGCUGGACCGCCGGGUGGCCAAGGGCAAGGUGGAAUAUCUCCUCAAGUGGAAAGGGUUCUCCGACGAGGACAACACAUGGGAGCCAGAGGAGAACCUGGACUGCCCGGAUCUGAUCGCGGAGUUCCUGCAGUCCCAGAAGACAGCGACAGAGGCCGACAAGACGGAGACGGGGGGCAAGAGGAAAGCGGAGUCUGACACGGAGACCGUCGGAGAGGAGAGCAAACCAAAGAAAAAGAAAGAGGAGGCCGAAAAACCCAGAGGGUUUGCCAGGAAUUUGGAACCCGAAAGAAUAAUUGGAGCAACAGAUUCCAGCGGGGAGCUCAUGUUUCUGAUGAAGUGGAAAAACUCAGAUGAGGCUGACCUGGUCCCCGCCAAGGAGGCCAAUCUGAAGUGUCCACAGGUGGUCAUCUCGUUCUACGAGGAACGGCUCACGUGGCACUCCUACGCAUCGGAGGAAGAGGAGAAGAAAGAGGACAAGAACUAACCAGAGGGGCGCCGAAUUCCUCCUUUACUGCUUUCGACAGCAGGGCUGGCAAUAAGACUCUCGAUUGCGUAGCAGUUUCACCUCUGCCCAGGUUUUACUACGAGCUUGAUUAGACACCCCCCCAACACCAACACCACCACCACCACCAUCGUCAUGUAUAGGUAACAAGCUCAGGUGUGCUGUCUUAAUAAAAUAAAACGAGGAAAGGAUCAAACUGCUAUGCAAUCGGGAGUAUUAUUUCCAGCCUUGAGAUGGACAGUGGUGUGUUUAUUUUUUAUUUUUUUAUUUUUAAACACAGAGAAGGUUGUUCAUUUGUACAAAAUGCAUAGUGAACAGUUUGAAAAUCAAAAAACAAUUGCAGUAUCCCUUUUAUGUUAAACUGAUCGGCGUGGCGGGGUUAGGAGGGGUCUACGCCCAAGUUUAAAGGUGCAGGUUUGAAUGAUUUGGAUGUUAAGUUUUUUUUUUUUUUUAAAAUAAACGAAACAUUAAAAUUACGAACUUAAAAACCCCAAGCAAUUGAAAUAUAAUAGGUCUGGGAUUCUGUUAGUCAAAGCAGACAGAAACUUUUUUUCUAUGUACGAUAUCAAAGUGUGUGUUUGCAAAGUGAAACAGGUUUAAACCUUUUAAGAUACUGGCAAUUCUGUUCUGUAUGUGUAUAUAUAUAUAUAUUUUUAAAUGCAUUUAUUUUCGGUUAUCAUGCAAGGUGGCGAGUAUUAAAUGAAUGGACCUCUUAAAGUAAGAGGAAAACCAAUCAUUGUGAUUAGAAAUGGUACCCUUGUAAUCUAUACUACCAUACACCAAGGAAGGGGUCAAUAUGUUUUUUAAUUCCAAUUCCUUUUAAAAAAAUAAAUCAAUUCCUGUUCCCUUUCCAAUCCAUUUGAAAUCUUUUUUUUUUUUUUUUUUACCACACAGGAUUUAUUGAGCAAAAACGCAUGCACAUUACACGCGUGUGUUUGACAAGUUGUACCGGUUUGAUCCAUCAAGCCUUUCUCGUAAAAAGGAACUGGAUUGGAUUAAAAAGGGAUCUGGGACCCGUCUUGCUUCGUCUCAAUGCUUUUCGUGCCAGGUGUUAUCGCUGGCUGUAACUCAGUAUUAACAUGGAAGGGAUACUGUGGAUUUUUCAACUCCUUUUUAAAAUCUGCCCAAUUCAUAUUACUGCGACAGAAUUGCAAUUUUGCAGAUUAUUGAGAUCAUUGUUUAACUGAAGCCAAUUGAAUUGACUAACAGACAGUGACUUCAAUUGAAGUAAUUUGUCGCCACUGUGAGAUACCUAUUUAAACAGAAUCCUGCCAAUUUGCAGUUCUGAUCAAUAUUUUGGAAUUGAUGAGGAAUGGGAAAUGGAAUUUAAGGAUAAUACCUACUCUUUUUUUUUUUUUUUUUCCAUACUUUCAUUAAGUCAAAGACCGGAAAGACUACUUGAGUGGGGAAAACUUUGUAUGUUUUUAUUGAACAGAUUUAAAAUACAAUUAACUUUAAAAAAAAAAAAAAAAAAAAAAAAAAAAAAGAUUUUGACUUUUGUCCAAAAAAAAAACAAAAAACAUUGCUUUAAGUAUAGUGUCAUGUUUUUGUUUUAUAAAAUGAAAUACUUUCCCUAUGUAGUGGUACAGUAGUAUGCUUUUAUUUUCUGUAUCAACUUUACUGUUUAUGAAAACUAUGCAUUUUAAAAAUAAAAACAUUGGCAAAUAACUCAUUGACCGCACUAUACAGUAUGCUGGCUUGCGCCUAGUCUCCCGCUGUAUAAAAUUAUUCUUUAAUACUUACUCCUGCAACCCCAGGUAAUGCUAAACGAAACUACAGUAACAUUCUUGUAACCCUAUAAUCAUGUGGCAGAGGUUUGUCUAUAUCUGAAUUACCCUAAAAGGGGCUAACUAUCUACUGCUUUUUCAACAGUUGUGAGAUUGUACAAACCAACUUAAGCUCCUAAGAUUUUCUAAAAACUUUUAACAGAUUAGACUCUUUGGGCUGCAAAAUAUGCAAAGGGUGACGCUGGCAAAAGCCACAGCAUACUGUAUGUACGGAGAAUGCCGUAAAAGGUGAUCGCUUUACAUUUGAAACGCAUUUCUGUAGUUGCAAACUGAACCAUAGUUGUUUUUGUCCAGGUGUUGCAUGAUGUAUUAUUAGCAACAUUUAAAAAAAAUAAGAAAAAUGUAAGGCAAGAAAGAAGAAAUUGCUAAAAAUCCUCAAUCGUGUACACAAGCUUCAUACUUUCAUUGUUGCUCAUAUGUGCAUGUACUUUGUUAAAUGUUUUAGUAAAUAGUGAAUUUAUAAAAAAAAAAA